AUGGAAACCUGGGGCGUUGGCGUCCUCACCCUCUUCCUCUGCCUGGCCCUGGCUGCCCUCCUCCUCCUCCGGCGGCCGCCCCGGAGUUUGCCACCGGGCCCGCCGGCCAUCCCCAUCCUGGGCAAUCUCAUGUGGCUCACCCUCCCCGUGGCCGACUUUGAGUCCGUCCUCGGGGAUCUCUGGUCCAAGUACGGCCACAUCGUGACGCUCCACCUCGGCUCCAUCCCGGUCGUCAUGGUCGGGGACCGGGAUCUCGCCCACGAGAUGCUCGUCCAGCACGGGGCCGUAUUCGCCGGUCGACCUUCCCCCAUCCCCGCCCUCCGCUUACCAGGUUUCAGCCAGUGCAGCAUCAAUACUGCCGGUUACGGCCCCCUGUGGCGGCUUCUCCGCCGCAACCUCGCGACGGAGAUGCUCAACCCUUCGCGCGUCAGGCAGUGCGCCGAUGCUCGCGAGUGGGUCCUGUGCGUCCUCCUCGACAAACUCCGCCUCACGGCAGCGUCCGGGGAUGGCGUUGUUAUCGUCAAGGAGACAUUCCAAUUCGCCAUGUUCUGUUUGCUGGUCUUCCUCUGCUUCGGAGAAAAGCUCGAGGAGGCAGCCGUCAGAGAGAUCGAAGCCGCGCAGAAGGAUAUUUUACUCUUCAUUCGAAAGCUCAAUAUCUUCGCAAUUGCCCCAAAACUCGGUAGGUAUUUAUUCAGGGGAAGGUGGAACCGCCUCCUCCAGUUCCGGCAGCGGCAGAGGGAGAUCUUUCUCCCUCUGAUCAGAUCUCGGCGCCAACGGAAGGAAUCUAAGGUUCCGGGGAAGAACAGCUUCCGCUUCUGCUACUUGGAUUCCCUCCUGGACCUUGAGAUCCCGGAGGAAGAGGGGAGGAAGCUCAACGAUGACGAGAUCAUCACUCUCUGCGCCGAGUUCCUCGACGCCGGCACCGACACCACCUCCACGGCGCUGGAGUGGAUCAUGGCGAACGUCGUCAAGCACCCUACCGUGCAGGAAAAACUGGCAGAGGAGGUCGGUGCGGACAUCAAGGAGGAGGACCUGCAGAAGAAACCGUACCUGAAGGCCGUGGUCCUGGAGGGGCUCCGCCGCCACCCGCCCGCUCACUUCGUGCUUCCCCACGCCGUCACGGAGGAGAUCUCUGUGCGAGGGUAUACCAUCCCCAAGAACGCCAGCAUCAACUUCGCAGUGGCGAAGAUGAACCUGGACGGGGAAAAGUGGCAGGAUCCGCUAGAAUUCCGGCCGGAGAGGUUCCUUCCCGGAGGCGAAGGGGAGGGAGUGGACAUGACCGGCAGCAAGGAGAUCUGGAUGAUGCCGUUCGGUGUGGGACGGAGGAUCUGCCCCGGGAUGGGCCUCGCGCUGCUCCAUUUGGAGUACUUCGUGGCCAACCUGGUGGGGGAGUUCCGAUGGGAGGCGGCCGACGGCGGCGAGGUCGAUCUGUCGGCGAAAACCGAGUUCACGGUGGUCAUGAGGACCCCCCUGCGCGCGCGCAUCUCCUCCCGCCGUGAGUAG